AUGUCUCUGUGGGCGAUUCUUUUCGUAUCAAUUUUAUGUCGCGAAAGUAUUUGCGAAACAGAUUCAGACGAAAUGGAAUCAGAGAAUAUAUUUCGGAAGAGCAUAACGCAGCAGGAGUAUGAUGGUCUUCCUAUAGAGUACCCAGUGAAGUCGUCACGGACAGAUAAACUCACUACGACAUUAGAUCAAGUUUCAGAAACUCCAGAUAAGCGCUUUAGACGUAUUUAUAACGCAGAUGAAGUAGCAUCCAUUGAGGAGUAUCCCUUUUUGGCCGCUUUACUUGUUAACAAGCAACUUUGGUGCGGCGCUGCCGUCAUCGCUAGUGACAGAGUCCUAACUGCUGCACAUUGUCUUCAGUUGCAAUAUAACAAUCGUUUUUUCCGUGAAUACGUAAAGAUGCUAACAAUCCGGUUGGGAUCCUCAAAUGCCACAUCCGGUGGUGAGAUAUACCGGGUGUCGGAGAUAUUCUUUCACCCCAAUUACAAGCCAGAUACACUUGAGUUCAAUUUCGCAGUGGUCCGAUUACAUAGAAAUAUAUCCAAUGAUAGAAUGAAAAGUAAAGUUGCGAAAAUCGACUACGCCACAGAAAGGAUUGUACCCACGGACAGUGUGAUUACUUUUCUGGGAUGGGGUUCGGUUUUGGGAAUCGGUGGCCUCGGUGGACAAGUGUUACUGCAAAAGUUGGAGUUACCUAUAUACGACUUAGCCGAUUGUCAAGAAAUAUAUGGGCGGGAAUUGGUGACUCGUACAAACUUCUGUGCUGGAUAUAUUACAAAAGCUAAAAAUGUUUGCAAUCAUGAUGCAGGUGGACCAGCUGUACUAAAUGGGGUACUGGUAGGAAUUCUCUCUUUUUCCUCCAAACGCUGCGACCUCUUGGACCAGCCAGCAGUUUUCUCUGCAGUAGGAGCCGUCACAACAUGGAUAGACACAAUCGGUGAAACCUCAUUUAAACUUACGAAUUCAGAGUUGAAAUAUCCAGACUGGAUCAACAAACAAGAUUAA